UGCGGAGAUCGGAGCGGAGUGCCAGCAUGUCCAGAGACACAGGUGGAGGGCCUCCAGACCCGGACUUGAAGACUUCUUUAUCAGAAUGCAUGGAGGCUCUCGACAUGUUCUUGAACAACAACUUCCAAGAGGCCCUUAGCUACCUUCAGGCCAAGUCCAAGGAAAGCAUGUACCACGCCUUGACCUACGCCACCAUGCUGGAAAUGCAAGCCAUGAUGACCUUUGACCCUCAGGACAUAGUGAAUGCUGGAAACACCAUGAAAGAGGCCCAGGCCGUGUGUCAGAGGUUUCGGAAGAAAUCCACAGUGGCGGACUCCUUCAACAAUUUAGUCCACGGCCAAAGUCUCGAGCAAUUCACUGAAGAGGAGAUCCACGCAGAGGUGUGCUACGCCGAGUGUCUGCUGCUGCGAGCUGCCCUCACCUUCCUGCAGGAUGAGAACAUGGUCAGUUUUAUCAAGGGUGGAAUCAAGGUCAGGAACAGCUACCAGACGUACAAGGAGCUGGAUAAUCUACAGAAGUGUGCUAACUACCUGAAAGGAGACAGCCACUGUCACUUUGAAGGUGGAGUGAAGCUGGGCGUUGGAGCUUUCAAUCUGACCUUAUCAAUGCUGCCCACCAGGAUAUUGCGACUUUUGGAAUUUGUUGGUUUUUCUGGUAACAAGGAUUACGGGCUGACGCAGCUUCAGGAGGGGGCAGCAGAUCACAGUUUUCGGGCCUUGCUCUGCACUCUUCUGCUUCUUUGCUAUCACACCUUCCUGAGCUUUGUGUUAGGUACCGGUAAAGGAAACAUUGAGGAAGCAGAGAGCCUGCUACAGCCAUAUCUCAAACGUUAUCCCAAGGGUUCCAUAUUCCUUUUCUUUGCCGGAAGAAUAGAAGAAAUUAAAGGGAACAUUGAAGCUGCCAUCCAGAGGUUCGAGGAGUGCUGUGAAGCCCAGCAGACCUGGAAGCAGUUCCAUCAUAUGUGUUACUGGCAGCUGAUGUGGUGCUUUACCUACAAGCAGCAGUGGAAGAUGGCUUACUUCUACGCUGACCUUCUGAGUAAGGAAAGCUCCUGGUCAAAGGCCACAUACAUGUAUAUGAAAGCGGCCUACCUCAGCAUGUGUGGCCCAACUGACUCAAAACCCUUUGGGGAGGAUGAAGUCCAGCUUUUCAGGCAGGUGCCAAGUUUAAAAGUGAAAAUCGCCGGAAAAUCUCUUCCCACCGAGAAAUUUGCCAUACGGAAAUCUCGAAGGUAUCAGCCGCAGAACCACACUCCUCUGCCUGUCCCGCCAUUGGAGAUGAUGUAUAUCUGGAACGGCUAUGCUGCCAUCGGGAAGCAGAGGGAUCUCACUGAGGACAUGCUGGAGACAUUGAACCAGUCAGAGAAAGCUCUGGAAGGAUCUGCAGCUGCUGAAUUCCUGGCCGAUGAUCAAUGUCUGGUGAAGCUCCUGAAAGGUCUUUGCCUGAAGUAUCUGGACAGGAUAGAGGAGGCAGAAGAGUGCUUCAAAUACAUUUCUGUAAAUGAAAAGAGGAUUAAGUAUGAUGAAUACUUGGUACCCAAUGCUUUGCUGGAGCUGGCUCUUCUCUAUCUGCAGCUGGACAGGAGGGAGGAUGCUGUCAAACUGCUGGAAAGUGCCAAACACAAUUACAAGAAUUAUUCCAUGGAGUCUCGCACACAUUUCAGGAUUCAGGACGCUCUGCUGCAAGCCAAAACUACCCCUCACAAUGGAUGCUGACAAACAUCCCUCGGGAAUAUCCCUCGUAGUAUUUAUUUAUCAGAAACUGAGGCAGACGUAGGCGCAGGUCCCGGAAUGCAACGCAAAGGCUACUCCAAGGGUCCCAGUCAAGAUCACGUACAUUAUUUUAUGUAAGGUGAUUAUUGUAAAGUGUAUGGCAGCCAAUCUUGUAGUGGUGGCUGGUUCACUCCAUGAUUGUUCAGCAGCCCCGCUUGUGCAGGGCGUCCAAUGUUGUAAGCUGGACCAAUAGUCAGUAGAACGCCUCAUACCUCAGCAACGUCACUUGAACCUUCUAAAUUAGUUGGCUACAUAUUGAUA